AUGCCCUCUCGAACCUGCUACUUGAAGAUCUCACGUCGGGUCCGCUUCGUAAACACGAUGUAUGACGCACCAUCGCCCAUCACCACAGUCUCCUAUCCGCAUCCAAGUUACAACUUGAUCUCCCAAAAUAUGAUGCUGCGUUCUGUUCUCCGUUCACUUCCUCGCUCCACGCCGUCGCUCCUAGCGCGCGCCCUAGCGACCUCCGCUGGAGACGUCAAGAUCCAGAAGGUGGGUAUGGUCGGUCUAGGCCUCAUGGGCCACGGCAUCGCCCAGACAGCAGCUACCGCGGGCUUUGACGUCGUGGCACUUGACGCCAAUCCCAAGGGCCUCGAGAGCGGCAUGAAACGCAUCGAAAGCUCGCUAGAUAAACUUUUAAGUCGCGGCGUGAAGAAGGGCACACUCACGCAACAGCAAGCGGACGAACAGGCUGCUGCUACGUUGGCACGUAUCACACCAACAACGGAAUUGGGCGAAUUGGCAGAUUGCGACCUUGUGAUCGAAGCUAUCGUGGAGAAUGUGGAGGUGAAGAAGGAAUUCUACGCGAAUCUAGGAAAAGUAGCCAAGCCCUCAGCCAUCCUGGCGUCAAACACGUCGUCUUUGGCCAUCUCGGACUUUGCGGGCUCCUCGGGUCGUGCAUCGCAAGUCGUGGGUCUACACUUCUUCAACCCCGUGCAACUUAUGAAGCUCGUGGAGGUUGUCCGCACUGAUGCCACGGAUCCAAAGAUCUUCGACGCCUGCAAGCAAUGGGUGCUGGACAUUGGCAAACACCCAGUGAGCUGCAAGGACACCCCGGGUUUUAUCGUCAACCGACUGCUGGUUCCCUACUUGGCUCAGGCUAUUUCUCUGUACGAACGUGGGGACGCCAGCAAGGAGGAUAUCGACGUGAGUAUGCAGUUCGGUGCCGGCCACCCCAUGGGCCCAAUCACACUGGCGGACUACGUGGGUUUGGACACGACGCUCUUCAUCCUCGAAGGAUGGGUGCGCGACCACCCGAACGAAUCUGCCUUCUUCGUGCCGGAAAUUGUCCGUAAGAAAGUGGCCGAGGGCAAAUUAGGCCGCAAGACGGGCGAGGGAUUCUACAAGUGGGACGGCGACAAGCGUCUAUAA